AUCGUUUCAAACGAAUAUAAGGAAAUGGCGAUAACAUUAAACACUGUUCUAUGGCUUUUUACAUUUGUCCUCGUUGCGAGCAUUACACAUAUGGCUCCUUUGGAUCCCUUAAUUCAUGAUGAAGACGAAGUUGAUGAAAUUCUAUUGGAUGACAUGAUUAUUGGCAUGUCCAGAAAUGCCAUAAUCAAACCAGCCAUGAAAUGGCCCAAAGGCAUAGUUCGAUACAAAAUUGGAAAGGAGUUUGACAAACUUCAAGUGAAAGCCAUCAAACGGGCCAUGUGUGCAAUUGAGGCCGUCUCCUGUGUACGCUUUCAGCAAGUGGAGAAAAACAUUAAAUCCUAUAUAAACAUCAUAUCAGAGAAGGAGGGUUGCUCCCCUCGUGUCGGCUAUAGCGGGCGAGUGCAAAACUUGAAUUUAUCUAAAAACAAAACGGCCUGCUUUGUCCCGGUGAUCAUUAUGCAUGAAUUGCUACAUGGCCUGGGUUUCUAUCAUCAACAUUUGACGCCAGAUCGCGAUAGCUACAUCAAGAUCAAUUGGGAGAAUAUAAUGCCCAGCAAGAAGGUAUUUUUUGAGAAAUUAGCCAACACAAAAUCCACAGAUUUUGGAAUUGGCUAUGAUCUUCAGAGUCUUAUGCACUAUGCUAUUAAAGGUUUUUCGGUUAAUGGUUUGGAUACCAUAGAGCCAUUGGAUAAGAAUGCCACGGUUGGUCAACACAUUGGUAUGAGUCUUAAGGAUAUACAAAAAUUAAAUGCCAUGUAUAAUUGUGCAACGUUUGAGAAAACUUUAUGA